AGGUGUAUAAAUAAUAUGGGGAAGAAGUUGUGUGUGCCGAAAGAUGGAGUUGGCGAUGCUAAAUUUCAGAAAAACCUCGAUUGGUCACGUGGCCGAGGCAUCGAUUGUGGUCAGAUUCAAUCCGGUGUCAUCUGCGUCGAACCGGCGAUCGUCAGGUAUCGUGCAACAUUCGCCAUGGGUUCUUACCAUCGGAGGAAAGGAGAAAUUGAUAGCGCCAGUGAUUUUAGUAACACUGCUCAGACAACAACCAAGGAUCCAAGUGAAGGGAAAUGCAAACAUGUUUGAAGGUUACUAGGAAAGAUCAUUUAUGAGUGAAGGUUUUUACUUUGCUCCAAAAAAAAUUCC